UAUUUGUGGAAAUCAGUUCUUCGGCUUCUCACCAGUGAAAACACUGUUCAAAUGAAGCCUCACUUUUGGCUGGUUCUUCGCCUCGUCGGUGUCACUCUUGCGGCAUUCCGGCCACGCGACUCGAAGCUGAAAUGUGAGCCCUCCUUGACGACUGUGAGUGGAACACUCGCGAGCGCCAUCACAGGUCCUCUGUGCUCAGGCGAUUUGCUGUUCGAGGACAACUUUGACACACUCGAUUACGAGACUUGGCAGCACGAAAUCACACUCGCCGGCGGCGGAAACUGGGAAUUUCAGUGGUACACCAACAAUCGCUCCAAUUCCUAUGCCGAGCAAGGAGUGCUUCACAUCAGACCGACACUGAGCGCAAAUGACUUCGGAGAGUCUUUCCUCACCUCCGGCACACUUAAUCUCCACGGCGGAGCGCCGGCGGAUCAAUGCACAAAUCCUCAGUUUUGGGGCUGCGAGCGCUCGGGAAACCCAAUGAACGUCCUGAAUCCCAUCAAGAGCGCCCGCAUCCGGACGGUGAACUCGUUCGCCUUCAAGUUCGGCAAGGUGGAGGUGAACGCGAAAAUGCCGAGCGGGGAUUGGCUCUGGCCUUCCGUCUGGUUCCUGCCCAAGCACAACGCCUACGGCUCCUGGCCAGCGUCCGGCGAGAUCGACCUGCUGGAGUCGCGCGGCAAUCGCGAUCUGAUGCAGGGCGGCGUCCACGUGGGCGUGGAGCAGAUGACGUCGUCCCUCCAGUACGGCCCGUAUCCGCAGCAGAACGCCUGGAAAACGACGCAUUUCGCGCGCAACACGGCCCAAGGCAAUGGGUUCAACAAGGACUUCCAUCGCUACCAAAUGGAAUGGACGCCAGAUCGAAUAACAUUCAGCAUUGAUGACGUCGAAACGGGCACCAUCAAUGUGGGCGAAGGCUUCUGGCAGUACGGGAAUUUCGACGCCAAAGCUCCAGGCACUGAGAAUCCUUGGCGCUUGGGCUCAAUUAUGGCGCCAUUCGAUCAGGAAUUCUACUGCAUCAUUAAUCUGGCCGUGGGUGGCACAGGAUAUUUCCCCGAUGACGCUGUAAAUCCCGGCGGAAAACCCUGGCUCAACUCAUCGCCGCGAGCGGCCACGGACUUCUGGAACGGACGCAAUCAGUGGCUGCCCACGUGGAAGCUGGACAGCAACUACACCAAGGACGCGUCCCUCCAGGUGGACUAUCUGAGAAUUUGGGCGCUGUAGGGGCGAUAAAUUGCUCUGUUUUCCGUAGUUUUCCCGCGAUUUUCGCACGGAUGUAGAAAAAUAAA